AUGAAAACCCUAGUUUUCAUAAAUCCAAUCAAUUACACAAUCCCACAAUUCCCUUCUUCAAUUUUCCUCUUCCACUUUCCAUCACUUUCUCGAGAAAAUAAAAAAUCCCUCCUCUACAUUUCCCAUACAAAAAACCCCCUCUUUACUCACAAACACCAACAUUUCUCUCCAAUCAAAGCAUCUACUUCAGACGCUUAUCAUGGCUGGGAUGACUUGGGACUCAGGGGUGGGGACUCGGUCAACUCGGGUGAGUCAACCCAGUUGAGGAAUUUUCUAGUUUCUAUAGGAGCUGAUGAUAAAAAACAUGUCUUUAUGUUUGUAUUAGGAAUUUUUUGUGCUCUUGCAAUCUCUAGGGUUAGGGUUUCUUCAAUUAUAGUGUUUCCAGCUUCUGUUUUGGUUUUUGCAGUUGGGUUUUCAAUUGGGUUUGUACGUGGGGUCAGUUUUAACGAGUUUAAUGCGAAUGCAAUUAAGAGAAAGGGUAAAGAGGAGUUUUUUAGGGUUUAUAGUGAGAUGUUAAGGGGUUUGAUGUGGUUCUUUGAUGGGUUUGAUGUUAAAGCUAAUGACUUGAAGAAUGCUAUACAAAGAGCUAUUGAUACUAAAGAGAUUGAAUUGAGUGAUUUGGAGAAUUAUGUUAAUGUGAUUCAAUCAAUAAAGGUUUUGGCUUUGAAUGCGAGAAAUUCUGUUGAGGCAAGCAUUGAUAGUGUGGGAAAUGUUAAUGGUGUUUUAGUUGAGAAUCAGAAAUCAUCAUCAUCAAGUAAGAAAAGGAAGGAGAUUGGUGAAGUUGGGUUUGAGUUGUUACAGUUUGUUGGGGGUUUGUUUGGAGAGAAAGCAGUUAGUUUGAAGAGUAAUAAAGUGAAGGAGAAAGAGAAAGAGAAAGAGAAAGUUAAGCAGGGGACUGCUGAAGUUGUGGUAAAUGAUCGAGCUCAAGGAAAUAACUCAACUCCGGUUAUUGAAGAAGCGGUUCUUAAUGCUGUUGAUAAUGAGAAAGGGGAUAGGGAUUUCCUGUUUUCUCAAGGUUCAACGAAUAAGUCUGCUUUGGAUUGGGAUAGUCAACGAAGGAUUAGAGUUGUUUCAGAAAAUGGAAGAACGAAUUUGAGGGAUUUAGGUGGGGAUAGAAAAAGACUUGUUGAUUGUGAAGAAUCUCUUGACCAAAAUAACAGAUUGCAGUUCAUGAAUAAUCAGAGUGUUUCUUGGGAGAUGGAUCAAAAUAAUGAAACUGAAACAUGGAAAUCCCAGGAUAGUCGAAUUGAUUCUGUGGAUUUUGGUGUCAGUUUGGAACAAAUGGAAACAGAAACUUCCUUUGUGCAAAAGCAGAUGUACAAGAAGUCUUCUGGAGCUUACAGAUCCUCGCAUAGCUGGAAGGUGAGUCAAGAUGGGAACUACAGGUCUCAACUCAAGGAAGAGUCGCUGAAUGAUGAUUUGCAUUUACGUGAUCACCAGUCUGGGCCCGAGAGUGAAUUUUGUUCCUCUUCUUCAGCGGUUUCGGAAGAUGUGGUGUUUGAUAGGUAUCUUGUAGAAGCUAACAACCAUCUGAAACAAGCCAAGGAGUUUAUAAGGGGCAGGAGUGACGAAGAACAUGCAGAAAUGAUAUUGCACAAGUCUGCAAAUUUACUCUCCAAAGCCAUUGCCAUGAAGCCCAUGAGUCUGUUGGCUGUCGGCCAAUUGGGCAACACAUAUCUUCUUCAUGGAGAACUAAAAUUAAAGAUUAGUCGUGAGUUGCGAACUCUCCUCUCAAGACGGGAUCCAUUUUAUGUGAGUAAUCGUGGUAGAAUCCUCAAAGGUCUAGAUGAUCAGGUUAUAAAGAAAGAUAAAAUUGCAUCUGUCCUUGUGAAUGUGUGUGAAGAAUGUGAAGAACUCCUAGUGGAAGCGGGCAGAAAAUAUAGGCUGGCGCUAUCGAUUGAUGGGAAUGAUGUGAGAGCCUUGUACAAUUGGGGCCUUGCUCUCUCCUUUCGUGCACAGUUGAUUGCAGAUAUUGGACCAGAAGCUGCUUAUGAUGCUGACAAAGUGUUCUUGGCUGCAAUUGACAAAUUUGAUGCCAUGAUGUCCAAAGGCAAUGCCUAUGCACCAGAUGCCUUGUAUAGAUGGGGUGUGGUAUUGCAGCAGAGAUCUCGUUUACGGCCGACUAAUAGCAGAGAGAAAGCGAAGUUGCUGCAGCAGGCGAGGAGGCUCUAUGAAGAUGCACUUCAUAUGGAUUCGAACAAUCUUCAAGUAAGAGAAGCCUUAUUGUCCUGUAUUUUCAGUUUGCCAGCUAGAUCCAUGCCAUUUGAUAUUUCGGGCAUGUUCCCUGAGACACCAAUUAAUGACCCUGUUAAUGGAAAAUUACUGUUCUUGUGA